CCCAUUUCAUUGCCUCAUUCAUUCAUUCUCUUCUUCUUACUCCAACUUCGUUUCCAGAAUUCUGACCUUAGUGAGAUUGGAUCUGUAUUCAACAACUUGGCUAAGCAGCUUGAGGAACCUGUUGACUUUGAGCUUCCAGAUUCGUUUACCAAGAAUAAACCUGUGCAGUAUAGAUCCAUAAAGCGCAAUAUAUAUACUUCAAAGAAGUUUAAGAGACGGUUUGAUGAUGGCAUAUUCUGUUCUUGUACUCCUUCACCUGAAUCUCCGAAUGUGUGUGGUAUUGAUUGCCACUGUGGGGUGCUUUUAUCUUGCUGUUCUUCAGCCUGUAAAUGUGGGAGCUCCUGUCUCAACAAACCAUUUCAGCAUCGUCGGGUGAAAAAGAUGAAAUUAGUUCAGACUGAGAAAUGUGGCUCUGGUAUUGUAGCUGCUGAAGAUAUUAAGCUUGGGGAGUUUGUUAUAGAAUAUGUUGGAGAAGUAAUUGAUGACAAAACAUGUGAAGAAAGACUUUGGAACAUGAAGCAUCGUGGGGAUUCAAACUUUUACUUAUGUGAAAUCAAUCGAGAUACUGUGAUUGAUGCCACAUAUAAGGGAAACAAAUCUAGAUAUAUCAAUCAUAGUUGCUGUCCCAAUACAGAGAUGCAGAAAUGGAUAGCAGAUGGUGAAACCAGAAUAGCCAUUUUUGCUACACGAGACAUUCAAAAGGGUGAACAACUCACCUACGAUUACCGCAGGUUUGUCCAAUUUGGCGCAGACCAAGAAUGUCACUGCGGUGCUGUUGCCUGCAGGCGUAAGCUUGGUGUCCAACCUACAAAGCCUAAAAUGUCAGUUAAAUGUCAGGUAUAUCAGAAUGGAGGUUUGCAAAUUGGCAGUUCUCAAGUUUUUGCGCAAUCAAAAAGCUUAAAAGUUUGCAUUGGGGAAGUUAUUAGGAUAAAACACCUUGAACAUGUGAGGUUUGGGCUUAUUAAAUGGUUUAACAAAUAUUCCCGAAAACACUUGAUCCUGUUUGAAGAUGGCUGUGUUGAAAUUUUUGACAUGUCUAAAGAAGAUUGGGAACUCACUAGUUUGUGGUGCAAUUACUUUUGAGUGCUGCACUACCACUUACUUCCUUGUUAGUAUUUUUUCAGUAUUUAUCUCUGUGACACUAGUAGUGUUUCUUCCUGAUUAUGUGCUUGUUAUGAUAGAUUGACGCCUUAGGCGUUGAUUUUGAUUACUAUGCUGUUUUUUUUUAUUUGUCUCCCUUGGCUACUUUUGAAGGAUGUUCUUCGCAUUGAGGGUGGGUUUAGUAAAGCUUAUUGUGUUUGAUAAUUCAAAAAGAUCAUGUGCUUGUUUUUAGUUUUUAAAAGCAAUAGGUGCUUUUAAAACACCUAUGAAGAUAUUUUUUUAAAUCUAGCUUAUUCUUUUCAAGUCUAACAUAAUCUUAUUAUAUAUUAAUGAUUUUCUAGAUUUAUGCUUACUCUUUACAUUUACUUUUAUGUAUAUUAAAGUCAUUUGAAGUUUUAAAAACAAUUUUACCGAACAUAAUUGUUAUAGAGUAUGCUUACUGAAAGCUAAUUUUACCAAACCCACCCUGAAUGCAUGCUUUGAUGAGCAGUAUUUUCCAUUCUAGAUGAGGAUUCUAAGCUAACAGAAUUGCGAUUAAUGUCAUUGUUCCUGCUGUGAUAAUUUUCUUGUCAUUGUAGGAAACAAGAAACAGGGCUAUAGCUAAUCCCUCUGUAUUUUCAUUUAUUUUUAUAUAUAUAAAUAGGAAAAAGCACGUGAAGGCAUUGUUGUCAAACUCGCGAGUUAACUCGUAAACUCGUGAGUUUAGGUAGUGGAAUCGAGUUAACUCGGACACAAACUUGUUUCUGGGUAGACUCGGGUAAACUCGCAUAAACUCGGUCAAACUCACGAGUUUACGGGCGAGUCAGCGAGUUUGAUUUGUUUGGUCUUUUUCGCCAAAACGGCGUCGUUUUAGGCCCAACAAAAAAAACAGGAAGAAAGGGAGCAACGUAUGAACGUAACCCUAAACAGCUAAAUCCCUCACUUUGCUCGCCGCACUCACUCAGUCACUCUCUUCUCCAAGCUCUCUUCGCGUUUCGUUCAUCCCUUGCCGUCGUCCGUCCCUCGCCGCCGUUCGUCAUUCCCCAAACAGCUCGUCACUGUCUCCCUUUCUGCCGUUCUCUCACUCUCAUUCUCUCAUUCUGCUCUCUACUGUUGACUCUGUUCUGCAUCAAAGCUCAUGGACUCGUGGAGCCUCUGCCGUCAACACGCUGCCGUCGUUCGUCGCGUCCUCUGCUGGUUCAUCGUGUACUCUGCCACCAUUCGUUCUUGUCUGCCUGCACAGCACAACAACGCUUGGUUCCUCAACUGAGCCUACUCCAUUCAGCCAUUCAGAUUCAGGUGUGUAGGUGAAAACUAGUGAAAAUGGAGGCAUUAUUCUUUCAUUUCAUGUACAUAAUUCUUGGAGUUGCUAACGCUCUGAAAAUUCAUUCGGAUAGAAAGCUUAAUACCUAGACUAGAUCAUUGUUUCUGAUUGAAGGCAUUAAUAAGCUGUUUUGGUUUCCAUCCGGCAUCCGAACAAGAUGUAUCUCGCCAACCUAGAAGAUUGUUGUUACUACUAGAGAUAUUUUGUGUCUCUGCAAAUCUUGAUUGUACUAUAAAGUGAAAAUUCAUCUUGUAACCUUACCUUGGAUUUGCACAAUUGUUGUAUCAAGUUUAUGAUUUUUCUUUCUUUUUUGUAUCCAUUAGUUCUUUGAUUCAAAGAUCUUAAAAUUUGUGAUGAAAUAUGAGGGGGUUUCCUAUAGUGAAUGCAAGCAGGCUUAUGUCAAUAAAGAGAAGGCACAUCAGUGUUGUGCUUAGCAUGUAUUUUUGUAUUCAUUUUUGUUGAAUUUAUGGAGAUCCAUUUUUAGUGUUAAAUUUUGUUGUUUCCACUGCGAUAUUAUUUGGCA